AUGGAUGAGCAAGGAGUACAAUUCGGUCUCGCGAUCGAUCGCGACGGCCUCAGGCUCAACGUCGCCAUUGAUGGCCACAACGGGCACACCAAAAUCAGCGUCAACGUCGAUACCAACAACAAGGUCAAAAUUGUUUUCAGCGUCGAAGAGCCCGCGAACAGGCGAGUCGACACCAACCCUGUCGCUUUGACCAACGGCCAAAUUCGAGAGCGGGAGGGAACAGGUCAACAGGUAGUUGAUGUUGCAAAUUGUAUUGAAGACUUGGGGACCGUAGAAGGCGGCAACGUCAAGAUGCGCGAUGGGGAGGGGGAUGAUCAGGACGUUGAGAUGAUGGAAUAA